AUGUACCUGGUGGAGAGGAGAAUGGGGAAGAGCAGGAGAGCGCUCCUCACACAGUUGGCCAGAAACAAGGGCUUCAGGGUGGACACUGAGCUCAGCGAAUCAGUUACCCACAUUGUGUCUGAGAAUAAUUCUGGGGAUGAGGUGUUGGCGUUCGUGGAGAAACAGAGCACGGUUAGUGGAGAGAGAUUGUCAGCGGCCGCUCUGGUGGACAUCACAUGGUUCACGGACAGUAUGGGAGCCGGGAGGCUCUUGGAGAUUGAAACCCGCCAUCGACUUCAGGUGAAGAGUGUCUUCAGCGCUGGUGCCAGUUCAGCUGCCAUCCCCACCUACGCCUGUCAACGGAGAACCACACUGAACAAUCACAACAAAGUGCUCACGGACGCGUUGAAGAUAUUGGCAGAAAAUGCAGAGUAUUAUGAGAGCGUCGGUCGGUAUCUGGCCUUCACCAGGGUCAGCUCCAUCCUGAAGUCUCUGCCUUACGCUGUGACCAGCGUGGACAGUCUGCGUGGGUUCCCUGGCCUGGGAGAACACUGCAGGAAGGUCAUUGAGGAAAUCCUCGAAGACGGAGUUUGCCAGGAAGUUGAGAGUGUGACACAGAGCCAGCGAUACCAAACUCUAACGCUCUUCACCAGCAUCUUUGGGGUUGGAGUGAAAACGGCCGAGAAGUGGUACAAGGAACAGCAUCAAACACUGGCUGAUCUCAGAGCAUCACAAAUCAGAUUUACUAAAGAGCAGCAAGUAGGGUUACAGUAUUAUGAAGACCUCACAACACCAGUAACGAGAGCAGAGGCCGAUAUGAUCAGAAAGACUGUAGAGGAAGCCGUGUAUAGAUAUUUACCCGGUGCUGUUAUCACCUUAGCAGGUGGCUUUAGAAGAGGGAAGGAAACCGGCCAUGAUGUGGAUUUCCUAAUAACUCACCCAGAGGAAGGCAAGGAAAAGGGUCUGGUUACCAAAGUGAUUCAGCACAUGGCCAGCCAGGGCCUGAUGCUGUACAGUGACGAGAUUGGGAACAGUUACCAGAAGUGCAGGAAGCAGGAAACCAGCAAGUUCGAUCACUUUGAGAGAUGUUUCACCAUCGUGAAGCUGAACCAGGAGCCGGUGAACGCUGCUGUGUCUGGCAAUGACUCCCGAGAGGGAGGGCAGGGUGCUGGGGGCCAGGGUGCUGGGGGCCAGGGUGCUGGCCACAGGCCUGAGGACAAACACUGGAAAGCUGUGCGAGUGGAUCUGGUCAUCGUUCCUAUCAGCCAGUUCGCCUACGCAUUGUUGGGAUGGACCGGCUCCCAGCUCUUUGAACGAGAACUCCGCAGAUACGCAAAGAACUGCAAGCACAUGAUUCUGACCAGCCACGCCUUGUACCACCCCCAGCAGAAUGAAUACUUCUCCGCUGCUGCAGAAGAAGAGAUCUUUGCUCACCUUGAACUGGACUAUAUUGCACCUUGGGAAAGGAAUGCUUGAUACACUAUGGCCAGACAGACAGACAGACAGACGCACUGUCAAUUGCUGGACACAGUGGCCCCUGUGGUAAGAGUGUCCAUACACUGACUGUGCCUGGCUCUGUGUCUGGCUUUGCACUGUGACCAGUGAGCUGUACGUUGACGAAAUUUGUUCAGCGUCUGAGGUUGUGGGAGACAACGCAAACGAGAGGACCCGGCUUCGAGGGUGAAACCUUAGGCAAGUUUCCUUAUUCCACGCACACGCCUCUGUUUACCAGCUGUAAGUAGGAACUCGGUUGUUAGUCAAUUAGUGGGUCGCUUUCCGAGGAUAAUAAUCGCUUCAAAAAUAAAUAAAUGAAUAAAUAAAUAAAAUAAUCAUUUGGUCACUC